GGAGAUAGGUCUGACAAGCUUAUUUUGUAAAUAGUUUUUAAUAUUAUUUGUAUUUAUUUUGUCAAUUUCUCACUGCAUGUACAUUUAUCAUUAAAUGAUUGUACCUGUUGUUUAAGUAAAUGACCUUGAAGACUAUUUCCGUUGUGAUACUACAUAGCGUGACAUAUCGUUGCUGGUUAACAAAUACACUGCUUCUCUCACAUUCCUCGUUCUAUUUUCAUUCGAGAUUGAGUUAAAUGAGAUCUAAAACAGAUAUUAUUUACAUUCAUAGACUGUGAGAGCGAAUACACCAUACCUUACUUUGGAUUACACCACUGGGGAGUUCAUCGAUACGUUUGGAAUUACCAAGCAUCUAUAACUGUGGAUUUAUUGUACCAGAUUAAAGCCGAACACGCAUCAUUUUGGGUGAACUUAAGUAAAGUCCCAUUUUUAUUGUAUUUGUAGCAUUUAACUGAUAUAUAUUAAUAUUACUAUUGCUUUUUAUUAACUUUGUUGAUACUUUUUGUGUUUAUAUAUCGUCUGGUCCACCACAAUUAUUUGGUGAGCCUCGUGUUUAUCCUAACGGUUAUAUUGUUUAUCAUUUCAUACAAUUUACUGGUUUAUUUUUUCUCGUAAUGUCCUCUCCCACUAAACUCAUUGAUAUGGAUUCGCCUCCAGUAACAACUUUUGUCUCAUUGUCGAACUCUCCUGAAAAUAAUUUUAGUUCAGUUAAUUCUAUCUCAGAAUUCAGACUCCCAACUUAUGGAGCUAAUAACCCAAGAGUCUGGUUUGCUCAAAUUGAAGCUUUGUUAAUGGCUAGAGGCUUAAGAUCUCAGGCGACAAAGUAUGCAUAUGUAGUUGGCGCACUUCUUAUUGAGAUUGCCGCUGAAGUCGGGGAUUUAAUCGAUCACGUGCCAGAAUCUGAACCAUAUGAUAAGAUAAAAGCAGCAGUAAUUCAACGUACAUCGAUCUCAGAUGAGAAAAGGCUACAGCAAUUGCAGACGUCUUGUGACUUCGGAAAUAAAAUACCCUCUCAACUUCUCCGCCACAUGAAACAACUCGCCGGUCCAUACAAACCAGACGAAGUCCUCCUAAAGCAAAUGUGGUUUCAAAGAUUACCACACAGCGUUAGACAAAUUCUCAGUGUCUCAGGGAAAUCCGUCGCCCUUGAUGACUUAGCCGACAUGGCGGAUAAAAUGAUGGAAGUAUACCACGACAAUCACUGUGUGAACUCAUUGCAACCACCUGGACCAGAAGAUAUUAGCUGUUUAGUCGCCUUUCAAAAGCAGUUAACGCAAUUAACGAGCCAGCUGGCGUCACUGCAAUCGACCAUAGCAACCUUCCAAGCUAGACAACCGAGAUCCCCCUCCAAACGAAGAUCUUUUUCCAGACAACGGUCUCGGUCACAGAAGCGAACAUCUGAAGUUUGUUGGUACCACCAAAAAUACGGCACCAAAGCACGGCGUUGCACAUGGCCGUGCACAUUUUCUGCGGCUGACACAGAGAAUCAGGGAAACGGCCCGGCCAGACAGUGAUGGCGGCGCCUGUUUCUGGCGAGUAAUAAUGAUCCAAAAGCAUCCAGAUUAAAAACGCAGUAUAACAGCUAAUUCCAGGGUGCUUGGUGCUUUUGACCUUUAUGUAACUCAAUCGAGUCUAAACAAUUAAAUUAGCCCAGAUAACUGUGUGGCUGCCAUUGUAUGAAUCAUCUAAAAUGACAUUAUGAUUGCAGAAAAUUUAUAUAUUAAAUUCACCAUACGUUUUUGCGAUGUUAUACUUGUUUUUUGGCGAUGGAACUCAAAAAUUUGAAAUUAGGCGGACAGUUGUCGGAAGAAAAGAUAUUACAGGAUAGUGUAUAGCUUAAAACAGAUUAGAACGUUGAGUGAAGAAAGAUUGUAAAGAAUUAGGUCCAGAUAACCAUUCAGGCUUUGUUUACGUUGCUAGUCAGUGUAUAUUUACGUGAUUUGCAGGUCAUAUUUGCAAGAGCUUGGUGUUUUAACAAGUUUAUUUCAAUGAAACAUGUGAAUGCUUUUAAAGCUAGUUAAUAAACCAUCUUGGCCAAUUAUUAAUAUAGAUGAACGGUUAUUAUUAUUGACUGAGUUAGUAAGUUAUAAGUACUAAUCAACACUACACUACAAUAAUACAUGUGAGCAUUAUUCAGAAGAAUGAUAGAAUACUGGAUUAACAUAGGUAAAAAUCGGUCGAUAAUGAUACAGUUAAAAUGAGGAAUAAUAAUAGGCCGUGUUUCAUCACGCCAGGUUCACCAAUGUAGAUUUACGGUCUACUUAGUUAUUAGUACUGCUCUAUUAAUAGACCUAAUCCUAAAACUGUAGAUACGUCAUGAUGUAGCUGCCUAAUCUAUAUGAUCUUACGUGGAAGUCACAUCAUUGUCUACACCAACUCAUCGCAUCGUAAAAAUCACCAAUAUAUGAUAGAUAACACACAUAGACUAGAGAUAGAACAGUAUAUUUAAUAUGAAUAAAAGAUCUUAAAAGUAUAUUUUCCUUAUGAAAGCAAUUAAACCAUUAGAAAUUAGAUAGUUUGCAAUAGAUAGAUACAAGGAAGUUCGUAAACCCUCAAUUGACAAAUAGAAAUCGUUCUACGAAUCCGUUUGCAUGUGAGUGGUAGGUGGUCGUUCAGAAUCGUGUGAUCCCUAGUGAGACAACAAAAAAGUCCGGCAUCAAACGGGCAUCCACGGACUUUAGUGAUAGUUGAAGGACAGCUGAAGCUUGUUAUCCACCGUUCGACGGAGUUGUGGGCCACUAUUUCAGCAGUAGUGUUGUUGAUAAAUACUACUUCUGGCCACCAUGUGAAACGGCCUACACAAGUUAGGAGAUAAGAGUAUCUAUCCGAAUCUGGUAAAGGUCCUGCCAAAUACAGAUGAACAUGGUCGGAACAAGCAACGGGAGUUUUGAAAGAGCCUAAGGGAUCACUGUUGUGUCCAAUCUCCUUGGAUUUCUGACAGCUUACACAGGAGUGUGCUCACUUUUUCGCGUCUUUAUUCAUACUGGUCCAAAAAAUUCGCUCUGCUAUGAGCUUGAUGGUUGUUCGAACACCUGGAUGAGAAAGUCUGUACAAUAUAUUGAAGAAGUUGCGUCGAUAAUGUUCCGGCACGACCGGACGAUUCCUAACUGUAGAUGUGUCGCACAGUAAAGCUUCCUUACAUUUUCCUAUGUGUUUAAACGCAAUUUCACAGUUGCCAAUGAUAUCUUUUGCUGAAGAUCAGUGUCUUCUUUUUGAAGCUUGGCGAGUUUAAAAAGAUCGAUUCCUUGGAAACUGUUUAAGGAUGUUAAACGAUACAAGGCGUCUGAGACUACAUCGUUUGCUUCGGAAAUGUGUUGUAUAUCUGUUCUAAACUGAAAAAUGUAGUCCGAUGCUCGAGACCCUAGAGAAGAGUACUUGUCUAAAGAUGGACUUAAAGAGAAAGCAAGAGGUUUGUGAUCGGUGAAAAGAAUGAACCUUUCGUGCCUUAAGGUAACCCUCGUGCUAUUGAUAGAAGAAACCAGACAAGUAGUGAAUAGGUCUUUAUUUCGAUCUUCGCGCAGUCACAGUGGAGCGUGGGAUUAUUUGUUCAGACAAACAAAGCCUUUCAACAUUCAAUAUAAGUGAUAAUAAGAAAUAUAACGCCUAUGCAAAUUAAGGAAGUGAAUGAAUACUUGACCUGUACUGUUUAGGCAUAUGCUUGGUUGUUUGAGGUCAACUCUUAACCAACCAACCUAUGCUGUUACAAAUUCUCGGCCAUCAGCUGAGUGUUGAAAGUUCCGCACGGCAUAAUAUAGGAGUUUCCUACCGAAAGUUCUAUGUCUCUAUUCGGCGUCUAGCAAUCGUCUUGCGAAAAAUGCCGAAGGCUGCCAAGUGUGGUUAACCUACUGUCGUAAGACUCCUCCGACUACCGAGUCGGAUUCGUCUGCUGCGAUACUAAUGUGUGUUUUGUUGUCUGGGUUUGCAUGCACAGUUACUCUUGCGAUAAGUUCCUUAAUUGUGGAGAAUGCUUCUUUCGCAUUAUCAUCCAAGUUGAUGGGUUUCCCAUUUCCACGAACUUUGAGGUUUCAUAAGGGACAAGCAAUUUUGUAAGAAACUUACUAGUCCGUAAAACGUGCGUAGUUGCUUGAUAGCGGUCGAUUCCAGGUAAUGAAGAAUCGUCUUUUCAGAGGUUGGAUGCUUUGAGCAUCAAUAUUCUGUCCGAGAAAACCUAGAGAGACAGUGCCAACAAUUCUGAAGCUUUACAGUAAUUUCAUGUUUUUGCAAUCGUUCUAAAACAAAUAUCAAAUGCUGGAGAUGAGAUUCUCUGUCCGAACUAGCAGUCAUCUAAAUGUGCGUAUACGAAUUUGAGAACCUGAAGUACGUCAUCGAUGGAUCGCAUCAAGUUUUGUGUAGCAUAUCUUCAGCCGGAAAGCAUGCGCGAAAAUUUGUGGAGUCCGGUGGGAGUGGUGACAGCGGGCUUAGGUUCUGUGGCCAUCGAAAAUCGGCUAUACGCUUUGAUCUGAACAAUUUUCAGAAAAAUAGUUGUGCCUUUUAAGGUGUCUAUCAUAUCGUAAAUAUGAGGCAACAAGUUACGUAAGUGGUUUUCGUAUUCAGUCGCCGAUGAUGACCAGCUUGAUGCUAAUCACUGUUAUCCUUUUUAGGGACCAUGUGUAAGGGAGGUUUACAGGGGCAGUUCGAUGGCCAAAUACCUCAGCUUUUAGGAUGCUAGUCUGUGAGCUUUCGAGAAUACAUGUAGUCCUAUAGUCGUGAUGUGUUGUGCAACAUCGCUAGUUACAAACGGCAAUGUCGGUCGCGUUUGGUACAGUUCAGGGUACUUACCUAGUAUAUUUUCAUUGUAUGGAUAGAUCGUAUACCUUACUGUGACUAUGAAUAAUAUACAACCGGGAAAAGAAGUCACGCAAACAGAUGAACUAGUAUUUUCGUAUAUUAACCUUUCUUUACGCGUGUCAAUUAGUAUAUUACGAUGUUGUGACAGGUCUAUACCAAUGAUUGGCAUAGGAACAUCUGCAACAAC